CUGCUGAUCAGCCAAUCUGCAGCAAGUCUGUCGCUGCGGGUUUUGUUUUCCUCCUCCUCUCCCUCUCUCCUUCCAUCCUGUUUUCUCCUCCUCCUCCUUGGCUCCUCCGCAGCGAUGCUCCGAUCCGGCUGGGCCGUCCUCGGCACUCUGUCUGCGGACGGGCAGUAGAUCUGCGGCUCGGUGCUGGUCCCUCCGCGGAGCGAUGGUGCAGAAAUCCCGCAACGGCGGGGUGUUCCCCGGGGCGCAGGCCGACCAGAAGAAGCUGAAAGUGGGCUUCGUGGGUCUGGAGGCCGGGGGGACUGAGGCCACCAGAGAUGGAGCCCAGCUCAUAGCAGGUGGGGAUGAAGGUCCUCGGCGGCAGCGCAGCAGCGUAUCCGGAGUGAAGAGACCACCGAAGCGAAACGCCUUCUACAGACGACUGCAGAACUUCCUCUACAACGUCCUGGAGAGACCUCGAGGAUGGGCCUUCAUCUACCACGCCUACGUGUUCGUGCUGGUCUUCUCCUGCUUGGUUAUGUCUGUGUUCUCCACCAUCAGAGAGUACGAGAAGUCUUCAGAGGACGCUCUCUACAUUCUGGAAGUGGUGACCAUCGUGGUGUUUGGGGUGGAGUACAUUGUGAGGAUCUGGGCUGCAGGUUGCUGCUGUCGGUACAGAGGAUGGAGAGGACGACUCAAAUUUGCCAGAAAACCUUUCUGUGUCAUCGACAUCAUGGUGUUGAUAGCGUCCAUCUCGGUAUUGGCUGCAGGGACUCAGGGGAACGUCUUCGCCACGUCGGCCAUCAGGUCGCUUCGUUUCCUUCAGAUUCUUAGGAUGAUCCGGAUGGACCGACGGGGGGGAACCUGGAAGCUGCUGGGAUCAGUGGUCUACGCCCACAGCAAGGAGUUAAUCACUGCGUGGUACAUCGGCUUCCUGUGUCUCAUUCUGGCCAGUUUCCUUGUUUAUUUGGCUGAAAAAGAGGACAACGAACAGUUUGAGACGUACGCGGACGCCCUCUGGUGGGGACUGAUCACCUUGACGACCAUCGGCUACGGAGACAAGUUCCCCAUCACCUGGAACGGACGCCUGCUGGCUGCAGCCUUCACGCUGAUCGGAGUCUCCUUCUUCGCUCUGCCAGCUGGGAUCCUUGGCUCCGGUUUUGCUCUGAAGGUUCAGGAGCAGCACCGUCAGAAGCAUUUCGAGAAGAGACGUAACCCAGCAGCCGGACUCAUCCAGGCGGCGUGGAGGGUUUACGCCACAAACCUGAGCCGAACUGAUCUGAAUUCAACAUGGGAUUAUUACGAGAGGACCGUCUCCGUCCCCAUGUACAGGUUGAUCCCUCCUCUCAAUCAGUUGGAUUUAUUGAGGAACCUCAAGAAUAAGUCAGGACUCUCGUUCAGGAAAGAUGCUCAGCCUGAACCUUCUCCCAGUCAGAAGGUCAGCCUGAAGGAGAGGGUCUUCUCGUCUCCGCGGGGUUCAGUGACCAAAGGGAAAGGUUCUCCUCAGCAUAGUGUUACCCCUGGCGUUGGUCCUGUAGUUGCUGGAGUACUGGGGAGCGUCCAGGCCCUGCGACAGUCCCCCAGCGUGGAGCCCAAUCCGGAGGAGAGUCCCAGCAAGGUUCCAAAGAGCUGGAGCUUCGGAGAACGCAGCAGAACCCGACAGGCCUUCAGGAUCCGUGGGGCGGCUUCACGCCAAAACUCUGAAGUGCUGAUUGAGAUGCAGGAUGAAGAGUUCAGACAGAAGAGCUCCCCAGACGCCAGCCUGCCAGGAGAAGACAUGACUGACGACAACAAGAGCUGCCACUGUGAGUUCAUCCCUCAGGAUCUGACCCCGGGGUUAAAGGUCACCAUCAGAGCCAUCUGGGUCAAAGGUCACCAUCAGAUGUUGGGUAAGAGCAGCAUAAUGCGCUUCAUGGUGUCCAAGAGGAAGUUUAAAGAGAGCCUUCGUCCCUACGAUGUAAUGGACGUGAUCGAACAGUACUCAGCUGGACACUUGGACAUGCUCGCCCGCAUCAAGAAUCUCCAGUCAAGGGUGGACCAGAUAGUUGGCAGAGGGACACCGACCGCAGACAAGGACCGUCUCAAAACGGCCAACGAGGACCUUCCCGAGGAUCCCAGCAUGAUGGGCCGGCUGGGGAAGGUGGAGAAGCAGGUGCACUCCAUGGAGAGAAAGCUGGACUUCCUGGUCAACAUCUACAUCCAGCGGAUGGGAAUCCCCCAGGCCGAGACCGACGCCUACUUCGGAUCCAAGGAGCCGGACCCGGCCCCCCCCUACGACAGUCCAGUGGAUCACCUGGAGAAGAGCCAGUCCAUCUCCAAGAUCUCACAGGGGUUGCCAGGCGACCACACCGAGAAGAAUCGUCUGGUGACAAAGAUGGUCCACUCCAGCAGCUCCACCGGACACGGGAACAACGGCGGCCCCACCUGCCCACCUUCCACCUCCUGGCAGCCAAUCAGCUCCCAGCUCCAUCAGCAGCUACCACCUCCUGCCCACCGUAGCCACGGCAACACUCCGAGUCCAGUGGGGGACGGGUCGCUAGUUCGGUUGCCACCUCCUCCGGCCGGAGAGAGACACAGUGGGAACCGGUCGAAGCGGCACAGCGCCGGAGACCGAGUGGCGUCAGAGAGACUGGAGAAGGACGGCAGGACGGGAGGAGAAGGAGGUGGUGGUGGAGGCGAGGAGGUGAAGCCGGACAGUGACGCCUCUGUUUCCAUACAGUCCAUGGACCACGAGGACCUGGAGCACUCCUUCGGUGGCUUCUCCACCUCCAAGUCCAAAGACAACCUGAACUUCCUCAACAAUGGCUUCUACUCCUCCGCCAACCACAAAGGAGGUGGAGGCGCCAGCAGUGCCACUCUCCGGCCAUACAUUGCAGAGGGAGAGUCGGACUCUGACUCGGAGCUCUGCGCUCCGUCGCCACAUUCGGACCAGGACUGGACCGGGACCAAGUAGAACACCAAGUAAGCGAGAGCUUCACCCAGCAGAACAAUUGAAGUGGUUGAAACUGUGAAUGAAAAUUAAUACUUUAAACACCAGCUGGAGUCUUAAGAGUGAAGCAUCAUGGGAAAUGUUAACGGUACAAAUCACCGGAUUUCACGCUGGUUUUAAUCAUGUUUUUACAUGAAAUGUUUGUUCUCACUGUCACUGGUGACGGGUCACUGUGACACGCUGGCCCCUGAUUGGUUCUCUGCUUAUUUUAUUGUUUUGAAAAAGAAACUGAGGCAAAGGAUGAUGGGAACAUUGAACACAUCACCAUGCCGAAGACCAUCUACAAUCUAAUGCAUUGAUUCAAAUGAUCAAAUACCUUGAAAUCCACUAUGGUCCAAAGCUGAGGUGGAGUUGCUACAGCUGUAGUUACAAGCCUCCACCCAACACCAAAACAGAACAACAUAUGGUCAAAUUAAACUACAAAUGUUGUAUAGAAACAUUGUCCCAACAUAUAAAAAUGUAUCCUUGACAAAAGAAAAAAAUAGUAGUAUAAUAUACAUACAAGAAAUAUAAUAUAAAUAAACGUACGAUUACAGAGAACGCUUACUGAGCAAAUCAAAGAACCAAAACGUAGCUUAGCUUUAGCCUAUUUUUUAUUUUCAUAGGAAUUUUGUGCAAUAUAGAAAUGUAUUUUUUGUUUGCUUUUACUGAUUUGAACUCACCCAUUCGUCACAAAGCUCUGUUGGAAUAAGGAGCAGUUAGCCCAACAUGCUAACGUCAGAAGCAUACAUUAGCAGGCUAUUCUAGUUUUACCUAAACAUCAUUAGCAAAUCAGAAGUUGAUAAUCAGUCCCACAUGCUAUUUUUGUAUGAUGCAUAUGGAUUCAUAAAUACCAACAGGUAAUCAACACAGCGACAGGAAUGUAAAUGAUGAAAUGCCGAAGAGACAAACUCAUCCGUCUCAGGAAAACCAAAACAGGACAAACCUACCAAAAUAAGAGUCUCUUUUACGUCCUUCGCUCCCUUUGCUUCCCUCCGGACAAAGAGUUCAACAUUUCUGACCAGCAGUAGUUUGGCCUUACGGGGGCGUUAAGCCACGCCCACCGGGAGCCACAGGUACCAGGCGUAAACGUGUCACCAUCUGGAAGAUGACGGACAGAUGUUGAGGCUCGAGUUCAUCCGCCGAAUAUAAGAUAAACAUUGUGUUCAUUAACUGGCUUCAUUGUAAGUCGCUUUGGAUAAAAGCGUCAGCUAAAUGACAUGUAAUGUGACGUAAUGUAACUGCAUCGACAUUUCUCAGCUACGAAGGUUGAACGUGGGCACAUCUCAUUUGUCCUUUCUGUGGAGUUUUGUUUUUCCAGCAAAGAAAACGCAAACACUUUUUUACAGAAGUAAAAUUCACUUGUGUGUCCGAGCGUUCAAACAACUUUAUAGGCUACAUUGUUUGGUUGAAUCACCUGGAAAGGGUUUUAAACAACUGAUUUUGUUUCCACGGUAACCGUCGGUCAGUUCAGACAUUUUAUUUUGGGGGAAAAAGCAGGACGUGUACAUUGUUUCACACAAACUAUCUUUGUACAGAACUUUGCCUGUUUGUAUUUCAAUAUUAAUUAAAAACAUUUAACCACAAAACAUCUGA